AUGGGUGGAGACAAAGCAUCUCUGCCGUUCUCAUACUCAUUGAUUGCUGGGAGGAAGGAGAAACCCCUUACAAAUGAAGAUGUCAAUCUGCUUGAAGAGCGGACGUCCAACGACCACAUUAUAUCAGAAAAUGGUACCUCGUCUGAACCAGGGAAGCGUCGCUGGAUCGAAGGUGUCUACCUAUGCGCUAAAGCAUCCACCGUGGUCCUUCUUCUACAUCUGGUCUUUGUCGCUGUUGCCGUUGGUCUAUCCAGCAGGUAUCCCGGCAAGCACAGCUUUGCUAACGGCUCGGUCAUUUAUGACGGCAGUUGCAUUUUAACCAAGCGAUGGUCCAUUGCACUCCAUUUGAUAAUCAACAUACUGAGCACCUGCAUUCUUGGUGCAAGUAAUUACUGCAUGCAGACGCUUGUCGCGCCCACCAGGGAAAGCAUCGACCAGGCCCACGCGCAACGACGGUGGCUCGAUAUAGGGUGUGCCAGUCUGCGGAAUUUGUUUGCGAUUGACCGCGCUCGUCUGGCACUGUGGGUUGUUCUCAUGAUUACAGCAACCCCAUUCCAUUUACUGUACAACUCUGUGAUCUUCGAAUCUAUAAACACGAAUGAGUUUGGCUACAUAGUUGCUCCCCACGAUAUCAGCCCUGCCAACGUUUGGAAUUUGACUACACCUGAGUUGAACCAAUGCUUCGUGUAUCCGAAUUACAGAAUAUGGGGUGAGAUGAAGUGGCCCGACUUUGCCUCUAUCAUUGCUCAAGAGAAGUAUGAUCAUAUCACCACAGAGGAGUGCAUGUCAUACUUCAACCAGAUCAACCAACGGGGUAUCAAGGCACUCAUCGCGCUGACGCCAGACUUAUCUGUUCACGACGGUGGCAAUGAAGUUAUCCGCUCAGUGCAAACUCUCCAGGGUAUGCCAAGCUCGAUGUCGACAGGCGGAAGUGAUGCGGUAGACUAUGGCCCAAAUGGUGACGCAGCCCACGGUAACGUAAUCCAAGGCAACAGCUAUUCAACAGACUACAUGACCCUUCACCUCGAUGAUGGACUGUUUUAUUACCCAUACAAUAUGUCGUCUGUAGAGGACUGCAUAGAUGAAGGUGGUAAACGUGCCGCGUGUGAGCAUGCUAGCGAAGUGAUGGACUGGGUGAAUGGCGCCCCUGCCAAAACGAUUGAAGAUGUCCGCAGCUACAUCGAUGCCCAUGACAUACAGGACGUCAAGGCUGAAAGCGCAACCGUAUGUGGCGAAAGCAAUGAUUGGGGAACAUACACUGUCGAUGGAUGUAUGGCGGUGCGAGCUGAGCAACAUUGCAGGCUGCUAUACAGUCCCCCAAUCUGCAUCGUGAUUGCAUUAACGACAAUGGUGAAAGUGAUUGCCAUGUUCCUCGCUAGUCGAAUCGCACGUCUUCAAUCAGCCCCACUGCUCACAGUGGGCGAUACCGUAGCAUCUUUCAUUGCGAACCCUGAUCGUUCGACAGCUGGAAUGUGCUGGCUCUCUAGCGCCGAUGUCCACAAAGGUAAAUGGAAGAAGCUUAGCCCACCACAUCCGAUAAGUGCAGAAGGAGACCUGGACGAUAGCUGCGAGGCUGUUAUCAUAACCCAUAAACCCCUGCCGCGCCGGAAGCGUUGGAUCCAAGCACCAAGUAUCAGCAGAAUCUCAGUAACCAUUAUUCUAUGUCUGGCACUUAUUGCUGCAGGAGCGUCCCUCUUUCAGCGGGCCAUCACCAGCGACUGGCAGGCUUAUACUUCAAACUCAUUUCUCAACAUUGCGCUCCUCCGAGAAUGGUGGGCAGAAAUGGACGCCAACACUUAUAAUUUUGUCCACAGCUCAGGCCUUCAGCUACCCAUCCUAAGCUCGGUGGUGAUAGCCAAUAUCCCGCAAUUAGCCCUCACCAUCUGCUAUUACUGGUACAACAGCGUUCUGACAGGCAUGGUGGCUGCAGCAGAAUACAGCACUUACGGAGCAUCAAGACAACCACUGCGCGUUACAUGGCCAGUCAAAGGCAGCAAGCAACGCUCCACAUAUUGGCUCAGUAUACCUUACCAGUACGCCAUCCCGAUUCUAAUGAUGUAUACGAUUCUGCACUGGUUAAUUUCACAGAGCAUCUUUUACGUCACGCUGGUUCCCUACCGGCCAGGGGGUCAAGUCGACUGGGGCUCGUCCCGUCUCGAGAGCCCAAAUGCUCAGCCGUCUGGAUAUGUAACCGCAAAUCCGAAUUCUGCAUAUGGAGGUUCGGGAGGACAAACAGUCAACUCACUUGCAUAUGCUCCAUUGCCACUCUUUGUGGCUCUGAUGGUUGGGGCUCUUAUGGUUUUAAUCUUGGUUGGCUUGUCGUUCCGAAAGUUCAAGUCCGAUAUGCCUUUGGCGGCAACUUGUAGUGCUGCUCUUAGUGCUGCCUGUCACUUGCCUGAGGAUGACGAUUUAGAUAAUGCGGCCUUGGGUGGGCUGAUGUGGGGUGAAACUGCUGGAUCGCCGGCUUGGAAAAAGGAUCGCGAAAUUGACGAUGAGAAGGGACAUUGUUGUUUCACUUCAUUGGAAGUUGAUAAGCCUUCGGCGACGAAGUUGUAUGCUUGA